GGGUGCGUCGAGCUCGCCGCGGACCCAAGAUGGCGGCGUGUGGACGUGUCCGGAGGAUGUUCCGCUGGUCGGCGGCGCUGCAGCUGCUGCUCCUGCUCCUCGCCGCGGCCGGGGCCCGGAAACUCCAAGACCAAGGCCCGGGCCUGGCGGGAAACCAUGUGUCCUUCGGAGGGCCCGGGGGAGGCGACGGGCCGGCGGCUCAGCAGCUGCUCCACGUCCCCCAGUCCUCGCAGCAGCAGCAGCAGCAGCAGCAGCAGCAGCAGCUCCAGCAGCAACCACAGCAGCAGCAGCAGCAGCAACAGCAACAGCAGCAGGCGCUCCAGCAGCAGCAGCAACUGGGUCCUCAAGCGCCCCAGCCGCCUUUCCCGGCGGGUGGGCCCGUGGGCCGGCGGGGCGCAGCGGGGGCCGGCGGGGGCUGGAAGCUGGCGGAGGAAGAGUUCUGCAGGGAGGACGUGACCCGCGUGUGUCCCCGGCACACCUGGAGCAACAACCUGGCGGUGCUCGAGUGUCUGCAGGACGUGCGGGAGCCUGAAAAUGAAAUUUCUUCAGACUGCAAUCAUUUGUUGUGGAAUUAUAAGCUGAACCUAACUACAGAUCCCAAAUUUGAAUCUGUGGCCAGAGAGGUUUGCAAAUCUACUAUAUCAGAGAUUAAAGAAUGUAGCGAUGAGCCCUUUGGAAAAGGUUAUUUGGUAUCCUGCUUGGUGGAUCACCGAGGCAACAUCACGGAGUACCAGUGUCACCAGUAUAUCACCAAGAUGACCGCUAUUAUCUUCAGUGACUACCGUCUCAUCUGCGGCUUUAUGGACAACUGCAAAAACGACAUCAACAUUCUGAAAUGUGGCAGCAUUCGGCUGGGAGAAAAGGAUGCACAUUCACAGGGUGAGGUGGUCUCCUGCUUAGAAAAAGGCCUGGUGAAGGAAGCAGAAGAAAGAGACCCCAAGAUUCAAGUCUCUGAGCUGUGCAAGAAGGCCAUUCUGCGAGUGGCCGAGCUGUCCUCUGACGACUUCCACUUAGACCGGCAUUUGUAUUUUGCGUGCCGGGAUGAUCGAGAACGUUUCUGUGAAAAUACACAAGCUGGUGAAGGCAGAGUCUAUAAGUGCCUGUUUAAUCAUAAAUUUGAAGAAUCCAUGAGUGAAAAGUGUCGAGAAGCGCUGACAACCCGACAGAAGCUGAUCGCCCAGGACUAUAAAGUCAGCUACUCGCUGGCCAAGUCCUGUAAGAGCGACUUGAAGAAGUACCGAUGCAAUGUGGAGAAUCUCCCUCGGUCUCGAGAAGCCAGGCUGUCCUACCUUCUCAUGUGCCUGGAGUCAGCUGUGCACAGAGGGCGCCAGGUGAGCAGCGAAUGCCAGGGGGAGAUGCUAGAUUACCGGCGCAUGCUGAUGGAGGACUUUUCUCUGAGCCCCGAGAUCAUCCUGAGCUGCCGGGCAGAGAUUGAACACCACUGCUCGGGGUUACACCGGAAAGGCCGAACCCUGCACUGUCUGAUGAAAGUAGUUCGGGGAGAGAAGGGGAACCUUGGGGUCAACUGCCAGCAAGCGCUGCAAACACUGAUUCAGGAGACAGACCCUGGUGCUGAUUACCGCAUUGACAGAGCUUUGAAUGAAGCAUGCGAAUCUGUGAUUCAGACAGCCUGUAAGCACAUCCGAUCAGGAGACCCAAUGAUCCUCUCCUGCCUUAUGGAGCAUCUCUACACCGAGAAGAUGGUGGAAGACUGUGAGCACCGUCUCUUAGAAUUGCAGUACUUCAUCUCCCGGGACUGGAAGCUGGACCCUGUCUUAUACCGCAAGUGCCAGGGAGAUGCAUCUCGGCUCUGCCACACCCACGGUUGGAACGAAACCAGCGAGCUGAUGCCCCCCGGAACCGUGUUCUCUUGCCUGUACAGACAUGCCUACCGCACCGAGGAGCAGGGGAGGCGGUUGUCCCGGGAGUGCCGAGCUGAAGUCCAGAGGAUCCUGCACCAACGUGCCAUGGAUGUCAAACUGGAUCCUUCCCUCCAGGAUAAGUGCCUGAUCGAUCUUGGCAAAUGGUGCAGUGAGAAAACAGAAACUGGACAGGAGCUUGAGUGCCUCCAGGAUCACCUCGACGACUUGGCUGUUGAGUGCAGAGACAUCGUGGGCAACCUCACUGAGUUGGAGUCUGAGGAUAUUCAGAUAGAGGCCUUGCUGAUGAGAGCCUGCGAACCCAUCAUUCAGAACUUUUGCCACGAUGUGGCAGAUAACCAGAUUGACUCCGGGGACCUGAUGGAAUGUCUGAUCCAGAACAAGCACCAGAAGGACAUGAACGAGAAGUGUGCCAUUGGGGUCACUCACUUCCAGCUGGUACAGAUGAAAGAUUUCCGGUUCUCCUACAAGUUUAAGAUGGCCUGCAAGGAGGACGUGUUGAAACUUUGUCCCAACAUAAAAAAGAAGGUGGACGUGGUCAUCUGCCUGAGCACCACUGUGCGCAAUGACACUCUGCAGGAAGCCAAGGAGCAUAGAGUAUCCUUAAAGUGCCGAAGGCAGCUUCGGGUGGAGGAGCUGGAGAUGACAGAGGAUAUUCGCCUGGAACCGGACCUGUAUGAAGCCUGCAAGAGUGACAUCAAGAACUACUGUGCUACUGUUCAGUAUGGCAAUGCCCAGAUCAUUGAGUGCCUGAAAGAGAAUAAGAAGCAGCUGAGCACCCGUUGCCACCAGAAAGUUUUCAAGCUGCAGGAGACGGAGAUGAUGGACCCAGAACUCGACUACACACUCAUGAGGGUCUGCAAGCAAAUGAUAAAGAGAUUUUGUCCAGAGGCAGAUUCCAAAACCAUGUUGCAGUGCUUAAAGCAGAAUAAAAACAGCGAAUUGAUGGACCCUAAAUGUAAACAAAUGAUAACCAAGCGCCAAAUCACCCAAAACACAGAUUAUCGCUUAAACCCUGUGCUGAGGAAGGCCUGUAAAGCAGACAUCCCGAAAUUUUGUCACGGGAUCCUGACGAAGGCCAAGGAUGACUCGGAGCUGGAAGGCCAAGUCAUCUCCUGUCUGAAGCUGAGAUAUGCUGACCAGCGGCUCUCCUCAGACUGUGAAGACCAGAUCCGGAUUAUUAUCCAAGAGUCUGCUCUUGAUUAUCGGCUAGACCCUCAGCUCCAGCUGCACUGCUCAGAUGAGAUCUCCAGUCUCUGUGCGGAGGAGGCGGCAGCCCAGGAGCAGACGGGGCAGGUGGAGGAGUGCCUCAAAGUCAACCUGCUCAAAAUCAAAACAGAAAUAUGUAAAAAGGAGGUGCUGAACAUGCUGAAGGAGAGCAAAGCUGACAUCUUUGUGGACCCAGUGCUUCACACAGCCUGUGCCCUGGACAUCAAACACCACUGCGCUGCCAUCACCCCUGGCCGUGGCCGCCAAAUGUCUUGUCUCAUGGAGGCGCUGGAGGAUAAGCGGGUACGAUUACAGCCCGAGUGCAAGAAACGCCUCAAUGACCGCAUUGAAAUGUGGAGCUAUGCGGCCAAGGUGGCCCCCGCCGACGGUUUCUCUGACCUCGCCAUGCAAGUGAUGACGUCGCCCUCCAAGAACUACAUUCUGUCGGUCAUCAGCGGGAGCAUCUGCAUCCUGUUCUUGGUUGGGCUCAUGUGCGGACGCAUCACCAAGCGGGUGACACGCGAGCUCAAGGACAGGUAGAGCUGCCCUGGGCGCCCAAGGAGCGACCUGCCCAGCGCCCCGUGUGUACAGCCCUCCUGUAUAGUGUCCUCCCCACGCACCCCGUUCUCGAAGAAGUGCCACCAGCGCCCCAUUAGAACAGCAGGUACCCGCGUGCCGCCCUGACACCUGUCCAUGUGUCUGUGGCGGCCACCACCACCUGUACAGCUGCCACAUUGGCAAACUCGGGCCCGGUGCCCACAGCCGUGAGUUUCGUGCCGAUGGAGCCACCAGUACUUCCAAAGCCAACUCAUCUGACCUGCAACUGAAGCGAUUUUUUUUUUAAAAAGCAACCCCCCCAAAAAAGAAAAUUUUUAAAGAGAAGGGGGGAAUUGUAUAUAGUGACACAUCUCCAGGUGUGGCGUGGGCAGGGGAGCCUCUUCCGUGUGACUGGACCACAAAGGCAGGACUUCCAGGGGAGACUCACCUUCAGUGUGCUGUGACGGAAGUCGUGCUUGUUUCUCAGAAUCACCCAGGGACAGGAGGGCGUGGAUUUGACCAGCUCUGGGUCCUGUUUGCUUCCGCUCUACCAACGAGGCUUUCUGCGCCCCCUGUCUCCUCCAGCUGAGACCCCUCACCUCAGCGACGUCCCGCAUGCGCCUCUCCCAUCCACAUGGCCAGGGCCAGGAGGGUCAGAAGUAUGAGCUGCCCCUUUUUCGGGCCCAUAUGGGUCACACUCUGGUGGCCUCUGUGGGCACUGGCGCUAGGAGUUGGGAGCUGGCAAACACUGGGAGCAGGGGCAGAGACUGACUUCGGUGCAGGAGCUGGAGGAGCAGCUGUCUAGCCACUUGAGCAGGGUCAGAGCAGGAAGCUGUAAGGGUCUCUGGAUGCCCACUGGCCUUUCAUGGCCCGAAGCCGCCUUCCUGCUCAUCUCUGUACCUCUGUGCGGAAAACUAUUACAUUAAAGACAGAGGCGUCUC